AUGUCAACCUACGAGAUCGAGCACAACACAACCGACCCCUCAACAGCCCAAAUCCCCCGUCGCCGCCGCCCCGACCUCUCCACCUUCUUCUCAGCCCUCUCCGAAAUCACCCCAGCCCCCGACCACAGACCCCAUGCCGUGCCCGUGCCCGGCGAUAUCAGCGCUGCAUUCUACUCCCUCGCCGAGGCAUUGGAGAUGAUGCGUCGCGACAGUGACGCGCCACAAGAUGGCGCAGACACAGACGGGACAGACAACGGACGCGAUCUGCUGAGCACAAUGAUCCAGUCACUUCUUGCGCAGGCAGAUACACCACCAAGGGAAGUGGAGGGUGUGUCAGAGGAAUAUUGCGAUAGUAAGUGCCCCCCUCGUACCUAUUUCCACAUAGUGCUAACUGAUUUUCAAUUAGUGCUGGACCGCGUUCCCAAAUCAUCACUUAAACCCGCUGACAUAUGUCCCAUCUGCAAUAAUGCGUUCUUGGAAGACCAGUACCCGCUUGUCGUGCAGUUGUCGUGUCAUCCCACCCACAGAUUUGAUAUGGAGUGUAUUCGGCCUUGGUUGAGGCUGCGUGGCACAUGUCCGCUGGACAGGGUGGACUUUGCGAAGCAGCAGAGGGAGAAGGCGGAGGCCAAGAAGAAGCUGGUUGAGGAGGAUGAAGAAGAGGAGUGGGAUGGCAUGUAUGGUUAG